CCCACCCCUCCGGCGCAAACAACGACCCUGUAAUCGGUUAUCGAGGGUCUGCGGCGACAGCAAGUGCGUUUAGCCGUGUUGUCCUGGCGUUAUUGCAACACUGCAAGCGUAACAGCGUGUUGUUUGCUUUCUGAGGUCACACUGAAUGUGUGUUGUUUCCCCGACAAACGGUAGGAGGGCGCAGACGGAGCGGAGCGAGCAGCCAGCCGACACAUUGUUUUGAGCAGGCUAGCUAACUUUUGCAGAGUUUAAUCGCCAUACUGGUCGUUUCAUAACCCUUUGAAGUGAAGCUGGUAACACCAACUCGGUUAAAAUGGUGACUCUCUCGGCCCUGGUUAGACCUCUGGUUUCGCAUCUUCACCGACAGCUCGUCAGGCAAGCCAAGAGUCACCGGAUAACGCCUGUCAGAAGAUGUAACCUGACUGCGUGCUCAAGCAAAUAUGUGCUGUCUCAGAUGCAUCCCAUGUGGCAGGGACCCCUUGCGGUACCAGGAGGGGAUCGUCAGUCUCCGAUUGAUAUUGUCGUACGAAAGAGCAUCUUCGAUUCGGAGCUGAAGCCUCUGGUUACCAAAUACGACCCACAGACCUGCCAGCAAAUCUGGAACAACGGUUACUCCUUUCUGGUCGAGUAUGACGACACUACAGACAAGUCCACGCUACAAGGGGGCCCCCUGCAAGACAAAUUUAGGCUUUGCCAGUUCCACUUCCACUGGGGUGAGACCAACGGCUGGGGCUCUGAGCACACUGUGGACAAGAGGCUGUUCCCCGCUGAGCUCCACUUGGUCCACUGGAACUCUGAUAAGUACAGUCUGUUUGAGGAGGCAGUGAUGGAGGAUAACGGGCUGGCUGUCAUUGGAGUUUUUCUAAAGGUAGGAAAGAGACACGAGGGGCUGCAGAAACUGGUAGAUGCUCUGCCUGCAAUCAGACACAAGGGCAGUGUGGUAGAGUUUACCCGGUUCGACCCUGGCUGUCUGUUACCCUCCAACACUGAAGACUACUGGACGUACCACGGCUCUCUGACCACACCUCCUCUGACAGAGUCCGUCACCUGGAUCAUUAUGAAACAGCACAUAGAAGUCAGCCAUGACCAGCUGGCUGUCUUCCGGAGCCUUCUGUUCACCUCAGCCGAGGAAGAUGCGCAGAAGAGCAUGGUGAACAACUUCCGUGUGCAGCAGCCUCUCCGGGGGCGCGCCGUCCGCUCCUCCUUCACACCCUUCCUGCAGGAGGCGCCAUAAGCUGAAAGCGACAAGCGCCACCACUGACGCUGCUGGAUCCUUUCGUCUUCUCUUAGAGUAACGCACACAGUGACCACUGUUUUUUUUUUUUUUUCUCUUCAGUCCAUCAGAAUGUGUUGCUGCUCAUCAGCAUCUGAUGCUGGAAGCAGGUUUGGAAGUAUGCAGGCAGACUGUUUCUGAUUAGCAGAAAGUUUUUAUUUUCUUUCAGAUUUUUGGUUUGACAUUUUCAGACCAUUAACCAAUAAGGGAUGCUUGCUGAAUGGUAUUUAUCAUAUAGUUACAGUUCCCCCCAGUUACUGCAGCUCAGUGUGGAGAGUCACACUGAGCUGCAGGUAAUAACUCCACAGCAGUGUGUGCUGUCCACAGUCGUAACUACAGCAGAGAGUGCUCAGAUCUCCUCGCUGUGAUGUUUUUAUCCAUAUAAGGAGCCUGGAGCUGUGGUACGUUUACAACACAAUGCCCAGGAGAUUUUACCGAACUGUCAGGGGAAUGGGCCUCCCCAGUAAAACGGUAAAACAUCAGUGUUUUACCGUUUGUACCACAAUGUCACUUUUUAAAAAUUCUUGUGCAUCAUUUGUUGGAUUUACUGUUGUUCAUUUCUUUAUUUUUUGCCAUCUACACACUUUAAAACGGUUGCUGUCUUCAGCUGUUACAAAGAGAUUAUACUAUAUACAGAACAUCUGACAUCUAGAAACCUGUGUUUGAUUCAGAGAUCUUAUAAUUUCAAGAGAGCUUGAAAACUCUCUCUAAGCCUUCGUUCUUCUACAUAGAACUUGUGUUGCUGAUACGCACAAUCAUGCCUGGUUACUAAAGCACAUGCGUGCACCCUGAUCGACCCAGGGUGCACGCACUGGUCCCAAGCCUGGUGCACCCAGUUCUCUUCCAUUACUCUGUCUUACAUUGUUCUUGGACACCAUAACCACAGUGCCUUUUAACGUUCUCUCUAUGACUCACUGCUCUUUUGAGCAUCACCCCCACCUCUCACAUUGUACAGUGGUUGGUGGUCACUCACAGAAAUGGUGGAGGCUGUGAUCCUCACCUCGUUUGUCUUUCAGACAGGUGUACUAUGAAGCAAGAAGUCAGUUUUCAGAGAGGUAGCGCUCUUUAAGUCACUGUUGCAACUUACGGUGAACUCCUGGUCUGCCGCAAAAUGCUCCACAUAGUCACAGGAAUUUACUUGCAUUCAGUUGGUUGUACAAAAAUAAAUAUUCUUAUUAUUGAUCCUAUUCAGCUGCCAAGUCUGUCAAAGUAUAUUCAGUCAGAAAUCUCCACGUCUCUUUCAUUGCGCUGUGGGCCGGCGUCAGGCCUGAACGCACAGGUGUAAAAGCUUUAAAGUUUCAGAGCUCUAAAGUGCAGCUGCCACGUUAGCGUGAAGAUAUAUUUGCAUAUGAAUUCAAAUGAACGAUUUUCUUCAGCAUUGGGCUCUGGCCUUACUGCCAACAUUACUGUUGCUUUUAUUGAUCUCUAAAUAAAGCAGGCUGGCACUCCAUUGAUCCAUUUUGUCUGGAAAAAAAGGGUCAAGUGACACAUCAAGCAGCUCUUUUUAUGUGACUGCGCAGGAGCUGAAGGAGGCGUCCCGGGUUAACACAAAUUUAUAAUCACCGUUGUGAUACCUGCUAUCUUUGACAGGAGUUUUAUGCUUUGAGCCAGCUAACACACAAAAAAGCCUGGAUAGGUUAAACUUGCUUCAUCGUACACUCCUGACUGAAUCAGGCUGUCAUUGUGUAUGUGUGUGUGGGGGGGUCCUUCUAGUGCACUUUGUUGUAUUGUAACAGGAUUAAUUGUGUUAAAGUGAUAGAACAAAUCAGUUUGUUGUUUUCAGAGGGGAACAGGUUUAAAGUUACAAUUAUAUUUGCAAUGAAAUGUAACGCAGAAUCUCUAAACUGUGCUGUUUGGAUUGGCCACAGGGGAACAUAUUGGCUACAGUGUUGCAACAUGCUUCUGUUUUUCUAUAUCUAGGUUCCACUAUUUGAGUUUAACCUGAUGUACUCUAUCCAGAGGGGACCUGUUAUGGGUGUUUCCAGCAACAUAUUUUAAUUCUUGGGCAACUUUGGGUGAUUCAUGGUGCAGAUUGAUACUUAUCUUGUACCAGGCCAGGUUGCUUAAGAGCUUUAGGGCUUAACUUUCUUCUGACUGGCUGCCCAGAAGGUUGGUGGGGCUUCUGCACUCUGAGAGCUGUGUGCCCCAUCACCUGUGACAUCGUCCAGACCCAGAAGUAAGUUUCUGGCCAUGUUGAAUAUGAGCAUUCAUUAUUGUAGCAUUAAUAUGACAGAAUAUGAGUAAAAGCAUAGCAGCUUUAAAGCUCUAAACUACACAGACUCACUGCAGGGCUGAGGGUUUUGAAAUCAGGUGUGAGCUUAAUGCAACAUUGCAUCAUCAAGAAAGGUUUGGCAGUAGUUCUGCUUUGGCUCAUGUCCCACUGCUGCGGUACGCUGGCAGAAUCGGACAGUGCAGCACUGUUAGAAAGUUUGAGGUAAAGACGAGCUAGAAGGAGGGCUCUGGCAGAAGGAAACAUGCAUGCAAAGACUUGUCUGGCUCUGAGAUCGGUUGUACUUCAGGACUGCAAAUGCUGCAUUAGAAGCUCGAACAUUACACCAUAUCUGGCCACUUUUAGCGUCAUCUGCGUGUAAAGGUUUUGUUCCCCAGUGACCUACAGUUGCGCUGAAGCGAGACGAGAGGUCACGGUUGUCUUAAUAAUCCCUCUGUAACAAUGCAACUGUCCAAACUGGGCCUCCUCCCGGCAGCGACGCUCACAUGAGGCAUAAACGCACCGCUCCAUCUCCCCAGCGGGUCCUCCGUCGGCUCCCCGGUUGAGGCCGAGCAUGAAGCUGCAGAGUGACUGCUUCAGUGGAUGUGCAUUGAAAGGAUGCGAUGUGCACUGGGUGACGUUAACUGGUUGUGAAGGCUGCAGGCUGGCUGGAUAAACACUGGAGGGGCCGCAGAAAGCUGAAGUGAAGUUGAAAUGGAAUUUGAUGAGGUUGUGUUCUUGGGUUUUUUUUCUUCUUCUGUGUUCAAUGUAUUGUACUAACAUGGAGACAAGGGACCCAGUGCUGCCUUCAUCUUGUACAGAUGUAUUUGAAUUGUUCAUCAUCAUCUGCCUUUGUUUUUCAUGGCUUUUUUUUUACUCAUGUUGUAGCCUUUUUUUUAAUUACAGUGCUAUUAAUAUUAACAUAUUGUAAUGCACAUGUUCAGUCAGUGGAAAACGGAUUAUUUAAAUGGAUUGUUCCAUCAAAAUUUGGGGCACUAGAAAUCCGUUUACGGUGCUUUUUUUCAUUGAUGGGUAAAAAUGAUACAUUUUUGCAUCAAUUGCAUCUAAAGGCAUAUAAAGUCUUCCUCUCCUUGCAUUUUUCCCCCAUAUCAUUACAUGCUUUUCUAAUCAUAGAUGUACUACAGAUCCUGUUGUACUUUCCUGUUCUUCUGUAGCUCCCUGUGAUGUUUUAGCAGGUGUAUGUGUAUAGUUUACACACUGUGUGCAGUACGUAUUUUAGCUGUUUAUUUGCUGAGUGUGUGUAGCCCACAUUCCUGCCCUGCGGGGACCUGCUAGGCCGUCCAGCAGUGCACGCUGGAAGACCCUCCUGUUACUCGGGGUGAUGCUGUAAGCCACCUAGCAUCGAUGGAAAUAUGAUUUUAAAUAAACUGACAUUAAUAAAUAUUGUAAAACAAUAAAGUGUAAUAUGAUGUA